UUUGCAGUAACAGCUGCACGUAUCUGUAAGCUUUCAUCGUGCAGGAGCGUAGAUGUGUAGUGGAGGCUCGAGACACCGCAAAUACGUUUUCAAAACAGAAACACGUCUUCGUGGAUUGGGUCUUCUCCUUCUUCAGUUCUUGUUCCCAACAGAACGCCGGCGUGCAGCUGCUGCCCACCAGUUGGCAGUCGCCCGCUUCCACCCGUCCGUCUCUCCUUCCCAAUGGAAGUCCUGCCAUGGAGCUGCCGCUGUGCGCUCUACCGUUCCCCAAGCAAGAACAGUGGUGCGCCCGCGCGUCCUUCUGCUCCUCCUCCUCUCGCUGCUCGAGGCAGGAGAUCCAAAUACUCGGGGCAAUCUGUGAGAACAAUGCCUAUCCGUGUGCUAACAGUUGGCAAGAAAAGGUCUCAAGGGACACAACUUCUUGUCGAAGAAUAUAAGGAGAAGCUCAGUUACUACUGCGGAGUUGAGGACACCCUUAUCAAGUCCAACCCAAAACUUACAAGUGAUGUCAAGGUGCAAAUCGAGGCAGAAGACACGGCUAUGAUGCAGCAACUCAAGGCUGAAGAUUUUGUUGUUGUGCUGGAUGAAAACGGGAAGGAUGUCAUAUCUGAGCAGAUAGCUGAUCUGAUUGGAGAUGCUGGCAACACAGGAUCGUCAAGGCUCACAUUUUGUAUUGGUGGGCCAUAUGGUCUUGGGGUACAAGUAAGAGAACGGGCGGAUGCAACAAUUAGGCUAUCAUCACUGGUUUUGAAUCACCAAGUCGCUUUAAUAGUUCUAAUGGAGCAACUAUACAGGUGAGCGAUGAUCGAGGUUCUGUAAUGCGGCACCGGUAAUGCCAUUUCUCAAUUUAAACAUGCUUUAGUAAUAUCAAGUGGAGCGACUCUAUUCCAGUGAUAUAACAUGUAUAACCUGCACACCAGAUGGAGUAAGACAGGGCAUGGACAAUAAUCAAAGGACAGAAGUAUCAUCACUAGAUUUGAGUUACAAUAGCACCAUCUGGCGCUCAUUGAACCGACUGAAGGUCACAAAUGCAGCUCUGUAUCCAUACCAUGCACACGCGAUGCAUUUCCUGGUGAAGGUUCCCCGAUCGGUGCCUGCUUCUUGGAGUUUUGACAAACAAGACAUUGAUCAAGAUUAGCAAGGAGCAUAUGAAUUGCCUUGGGGCUCCUGUGUCUGCAUUUCCUGAGAAGAUAUAAUAACAGUUUGAAAAGCCAAAAUGCAGGCAUGUCUGCUUUGCAUCUGCUUCAGAAAGCCCUGAUUCUCUUACUAGGUACAGAAAUACGGUGUGAUACACAUCUCCGAAGGAGGAGGUCCAAUCAAGCGUUCAUACACAUGCAUGGCACGAAGAGCGAUUGAACGUCCUUCUCCGACUCCGCAGGCCCUGUUCCGCGAAGAAAAACCGCAUCCAUGGGAUUUGACAAAGAUGGUCGAAUUAGAAUAAAUGUCAUUCAUAGAAAGACUAAUUGUAUAAGUGAUGCCGGGAAACAAUUGUUCUUGAGUCUUCAAUUCUCCGCUACUUGGGAUUGGCACGCAAGAGCCCAGGUAACGCCCAGCUAAAUAUGCCGUUGUUAAGGAGAAGCAGAUACUGUAACAACAUGGUCUUGGUUGCGAACACCUACAUGUGGGUCAAAAGAGAUAAAAGAGCUAAAUCGCCGGCGGUUGCUGGUCAGCAAGCCUCCUCGCUGCGAAUCGAACUGCCGCCGUGGCCAUCAUCAACUGUCGAGUUUCGAGCCAAACAAACAGAAAAAAGGACUCGGUGUUCGCUUGUGCGUUCUCUCUUUCUUUUUUCUUUUGACAGGGAUUGUGCGUUCGUUCUCUUGUCGGUUCCUCUUAUCAGGUGUCGGGGUUUCUCCCGGCUGGUUCGCCCCUGACUCCGACUCGACUCCCGAACCGGCUCGUACUAUUUCUGAUGGGCUUGGACCAGCUGAAAUCAGAGGGAAAGACUGCCAUCCCCUAAAAUUAAUAAGACUGGCAUUGACAUCGCGCUGUCUUCCGCCCUGCUCUCUCCGACCACCGCCGCCGCCGUAUCUAGCUCCAAGGCUUUCGUCCCAGCGGGCUGCGAUGGCUGCUCUGGGUGCCUCGAUCAGGGCUCGGAUGAGCGACGCGCUCCGCGCCGCCGGGAGCCGCGGGAAGGACAGAUUUCUCCACCUCAUGUACGGCGAAGACCUCAAGCGCGUUCAGGAGGAAGCGCCUUGUCGUGAAGGCUACAAGCGAUUGUUCUUAUACUGCUGUGGAGUAACGACCCACUUUGUGAAGAUGGACAGGACUGCAACACCUGAGCCCGUUUGUCCGUUCUCAGGGAGCAAGAAUCUCGCUUACUAGAAGUUACCCCAGGAAGGAAAGAGAAGCAUCUGUUCGACAUUUCAUCCAAGGAUUUUUUGCCGGGUGGAUCUUUUAUUUAAGUUCCAGCAAUGCUUAUGCACGUUCUCUUAAUACUUUUGCUGGAUUUCUGACUUAAAUUCCGGCCUGUACCUUUUAGCAAAGUGUCAUGUGUGUAAGUUAGGCCCAGGAGUAUAAUCUAUAACCACUAUAAUCCAUAUCCAUACCAUAUCCACUUCAAUGUUU